GAUAGUAAUCUUAAACCAAAAGUUAUUAAACCGAACGUGACGCUGAUAAAGAGACCCGUACAGCACGCAUCAAGAUAACAAAUAAAUGUGCAAUUAUAAAAGACGUUCCCAAAUAAAGUAAAUGUUUACCGAAGUAAAAUAAUCUCAUCGUCAGUGUUAUUUAUUAGCCUUUGUAUGCGAACAUACCGUUCGGGAUCUACCUGCAAGGGAAUGAGCGAAAUUGAUAACGAAAAGAACAAGAACAGAAAAAUGAGUGUUUUCGUUACUACCGACACGUUUCACGGAAGGAAAAUAAAAAUACCGGAAACAGAAUUUACAGGGUUCAGCUUUCGUAAACUUUUGGCGUUCGCUGGUCCAGGGUUUUUAGUUUCAAUAGCAUAUUUGGAUCCAGGAAAUAUCGAAAGCGAUUUACAGUCUGGUAGCAUCGCACAAUACAAACUGUUAUGGAUUCUUUUGAUCAGUACAUGUCUGGGGUUAUUCAUGCAAACCUUAGCAGCCAAAUUAGGUAUUGUGAGUGGGAUGCACUUGGCUGAAAUUUGUUAUUACCAAUAUAGGAAAAUACCGAGAUUUGUAGUAUGGAUAAUGGUGGAAGUGGCAGUUAUCGGAUCCGAUAUUCAAGAAAUCAUUGGUACUGCCAUUGCCAUUUACAUGCUUUCAAACCGAGUAAUUCCACUUUGGGGAGGCUGUUUGAUCACCAUAGUGGAUACCAUAACGUUUUUGUUGCUGGAUAACUUCGGUUUACGAAUAUUGGAGUUCUUUUUCAUAAUUCUCAUUAGCGUUAUGGGAAUUUCAUUCGGAUAUGAAUACGUAAUCGCUGGACCCAACCAGUCAGAGGUUCUCCAGGGAAUGUUUGUGCCCUGGUGUAGUAAUUGUGAUUCCACCGUUUGGCUUCAAGCCGUAGGGGUUGUGGGUGCAGUAAUUAUGCCGCACAAUUUCUAUCUCCACUCAGCCCUCGUAAAAUCCAGAGACAUAGACAGAAAUAAACACGAAAAGAUCGAAGAUGCUCGACUGUAUAAUUUUAUAGAAAACGCUAUCGCUCUACUGGUCAGUUUUAUUAUUAACACAUUCGUAGUCAGUGUUUUUGGAUAUGGACUUUAUCAAACAACAGGCAAUGAAGCGAUUGCCAACUGUGAAGCAAAGGGAAUUAAUGUUACCGGCAUUUUUGAGGCAAACGACGAAUAUAUUUCAGCAGAUUUGUAUAUAGGAGGAAUAUUUUUAAGUUGUACUUUCGGAAUGGCAGCCAUGUACAUUUGGGCGAUCGGGCUUUUAGCUUGUGGUCAAAGUUCGACCAUGUCCGGUACCUACACAGGUCAAUUUACCAUGGAAGGAUUUUUGAAUUUAAAAAUUUCUCGCUGGAAACGUAUCUUGAUUACCAGGAAUAUUGCCAUAAUUCCGACAUUUUUCAUUGCCUUCUUUAAUAACAUUGAAGAUAUGACAAGGAUGAACGAUAUAAUCAAUAUCUUAAUGAGUAUACAACUGCCCUUUGCUGCACUGCCAUUAAUUGCUGCAACAAGUAACACAGCUCUAAUGGGUAAAUAUGCCAAUUCAAGAUCAACAAAAAUUUCCGCUCUAAUGCUUUCUGUUGUGAUUUUCUUCAUGAACCUGUAUUCCGUCUAUGCAUCUUUUGAUUCAACGAUGGCUUGGUACUGGAGUCUUUUGCUUUACAUAGGCGUGGUUUUGUACAUAAUAAUUAUUAUUUAUUUAUUCGUUCACACCUUAACGUAUUUAGAUAGCAAGCGAAUAUCGAAAAUAAAUUUCAUUAAAAAAUACGUACUCGUUGAAGAAGAAAAGAUUAAACUGUGGGGUUCGAACUAGAUUUCUUAAACAAGCGUUCCAAUGAAAAAGUCAAAUUACCAGAAAUAUUUCUGAUUGUUCGAAAUCCUCUUCAUCCGAAAUUUUCAAAUAGAAACAAUGAACGGUUGUAUGAUUUUCGUCGGAUUAUUAUUUUGGCUCAUGAAAUUUAGCUUCUUAAUGCGUUUCGCUGUUUCACCAUCUAAUGGCAUCUCAUUGGCAACAGUGAUUUACUUGGUUUGGACUGAGACAUAUGGAUGUAUAUAUAAUUAUCACUAUUUUUUGUAAUACUUAUUGUACAUUAUAACUGUUUAUAGUUAAAAAA